AUUUUCAAGACAGUGUUCAUGUAGGUUACAUCGCCGGACUGAAGAAGUUUACGGAGUACUUCACCUGCGUGUUGUGCUUCACUACGCCGGGAGAUGGCCCUCGUAGCACUCCGCUGCGCACACGCACCCACGAAGACACUCCUGGACCUGUAGGUCACCUGAGCUUCACAGAAAUCCUGGACACAUCUCUCAAAGUCAGCUGGAAAGACCCGCCGGAGAAGAACGGCAUCCUCACAGGGUAUCGCAUUUCCUGGGAGGAAUUCAACAGAACAAACACUCGUGUCACGCAUUACCUGCCCAACUUGACACAGGAGUACCGGGUCACCGGUCUGACCGCGCUCACUACCUACACCAUUCAGGUGGCCGGUAUGACUUCCAAAGGUCAAGGUCAGCUGUCGUCCUCCACCAUUUCCUCUGGUGUGCCGCCAGAGAUGCCUGGACCUCCUACCAACAUUGCCAUCUCUAACAUCAGCCCGCGUUCAGUAACCCUGCAGUUCAAACCAGGCUAUGAUGGCAAAACUUCCAUCUCAUGCUGGCUGGUAGAGGCUCAGAUCGGUGUUAUCGGAGAAAACGAGGAGUGGGUCAUGGUCCAUCAGCUGACCAGUGAGCCUGAUGCAAGAUCCCUUGAGGUCCAGGGCCUCAACCCCUACACAUACUACAGAUUUCGAAUGAGGCAGGUGAAUAUAGUAGGCACAAGCCCACCCAGCCAGCCAUCUAGGAAGAUCCAGACCCUACAGGCUCCUCCUGACAUCGCCCCCGCAAACAUCACUCUCCGCACGGCCAGCGAGACCAGCCUGUGGCUCAGAUGGGUGGUACGUAUGUGUCCUGGAAUGU